CCGGAAGUCAGCAGGCCAGGCUAGUUGUUUUCUAGAGCCUGGGCCAGGGGAGAGUGGCUUGGUGUGGAAAGUCCUGUAGCUUAAAAAUAACAUAAAAAGCGACAGUUUUUGGAUACUGUCUAAGCCCAGUCCUUGGCACUGAACCCCUCUCGAGAUGGCGUCCUCUAACCCUCUGAGACCCCAGAACAGAAGUCAGCAGGAUCAAGCAGGGAUCUGGAAGAAUCAGGAGUUGAAGACAAAAAGUGCUUCCUCUAAAAGAGGAUCUGAAAAUUUGGACCCCAAUGCUUCUGGUGAAACUGGAAAAGGAGUCGGUAAACUCAAAGGCAUCAGCAGGCUUCCUGUCCUUGCCAAAUCUCUGCAACCAGCCCUAAGUGAGCUCUCCCAAAAUCCCAGUCACAACAGCUGGGAACAGAGGCCUCUAACAAGUAAAGCUCAAAAAAAAAGGACCUGCACCAAACCUGUUCCUUUCAAUUUGUCCCAGUCACGCACACACAGUCAGAGAAACUCAGGUGAUCCCCAGGGAAAAGCACCCCUGAUGCCUUCUACUCGACUAACACCAGGGGCAAAAGUGAUGAACUUGAAUCCAAGUGCCAAAACUAAAACUCCAAGCCAUAAAGCUACGACACCAGGUGUCCUCAGGGCUCAGGCCAACAAAUCACAACGACUGCAGCCUGGUAGUCAUGUAGAAUACAUGGCAUCAAAUAAAGAUUCCACUGAUGUUCACCCACCUUCACAUGAAUGCGGAUGCUGUAGUCACACCGAUUUAAGUUCACGUUUAGGUAGCAUCACUCUUAAACAAUCUAAGCUUCCCGAAGACUCGGGUUUGAGUCAUUUAUGUAAAACGUCACUCAUUAAAGUAGAUGUUAAUUCCGAUAAUCAAGCAUCAAAGGACAAGCACUGUUUCCCAUCAACAACACAAAGGCAUGUAAUCACUGAAGCUGUGCACAGUGUCCUCACAUGUGAGGGAUCAAGUGCUGUUGGAGCACAAUGCAUGAUGCCACGUUUAUCUACCUGCCCCCCUGGACCAGGAACCUCCAAUAAUCUGCCUCAAAGAGUUGUGAAGAAGCGUCAUGGCGUUGAUGUCACCACAGACAAGGCUGGGCUGUUUUCCCCUGACCCUUCAGCACUACGUAGUAUUCUACAGAGCGAUGGAACGAGACUGGGGGAGCAUGUUGGAGCAACACCCAGAGCAUCAGCCUGUCCUACUGGCAGAGGAACCUCUAUUUAUUCUGCUCAAAGAGUACCUGCCAAAAAGACUCAAAAAGAAGCUCCAGCAGAGGCCAAAAGCCCUACAGGAAGUGCCUUCUCUCCUGAUCCAUCAGCGCUCCGUGGUAUUCUACAGAUCAAUGGAGCAACACCUCAUGCACCGACCAGCCUUACUGGCAGAGCUACUUCUGUUUACUCAGCUCAAAGAGUGCCAGUUAGGAAGCCUAAAACGGAUGAAUCGGCAGCUGUCAAAGCUCCCGCAGGAAGUGUUGUGUCCUUCUCCCCUGACCCGGCGGCCCUGCGCAGUAUUCUACUGAAUGAAGGUGUGAGGGCUGGUGGAGCAACACCCAGAGCUUCCACCUGUCCCACUGGCAGAGGAACCUCAAUUUAUUCUGCCCAGAGAGUCCCAGUGAAGAAGAAUAAGCCUGAAGCCGUGGCAGCAGCAACAUCAUCUCAGUGCGCAGUUAGAACACCAGUGAUGAAGUGGACACCGCAGCGGGUGGCAAAAUCCAAACCACAGUCAAUGAGGAAGCUUUGUACUACCCAAAAGAUGUCCAGUUUAAGGGGCUCCCCAGGUUUGCGUGAAUCUCAUGACCCAAGCACUGGACUCUUGGUGUGCCAGAAGGGGAAGGAUGUCGUUCAAAGGUUAUUUGAGGACCAAGAGCAGAUGGACGAUGACCAGAUAGGCCAAGAUGACGUACAGUUACUGAACAGCCACCAAACUACUGAAGCACAGUCAACAAUUAAAGCAAAUUCUGAUUCAAAUCAUUGUCACACCGAGAACGAAGGCAAGAAAACAGUCCAGCCUUUCAUACAAGCAGCACACAGAGGGUCAGUCAUUGUUUUCUCAUCAAGCCAAAGACUUGGAUCAGACCGGCCUCUGAAGAAUCCUGGGAUAAGUGCUCCUCUGCAGCUCUGUUUAGGCCAGUUUACAUCCCAUAAUGCACUACCACAGCAAUCAGACCAAAGUAAAGAAUCACAGCUCAAUCCCAGCUUAGACCUGCCUAAACAAAGCCAAUCUAAAGCUCCUGCUGUCAAGCAGUCUACCGCUAUGUCUGCUCUGCGGCGGCGUCAUACUCCUCUGGAGGAGAUGUUUCUGGACGAGGAAUGUGCUGCGUACACCUCUCGCCUGCUGUCCUGCCCACUGCAGCCCCGCUGUGUCAACCCGGUGGCCGCCACACUUCUGUUUCAAGACUCUACUUGUUUUUUACCCAUUGGCCUGUCUUCUAUACGUCUGAGUCCUGUCCCUUCAGGUUCUUUUAUCAGAGCAUAAAACACAUUGCACAUGUCAGUCUGUGUAUGUAAGACUGUCUGAAACCGUAUUUCUAGUUGCACUUUUGAUAUGAAAUGUCAUAGUCAGAUUCCACAAGCAGCAAAGUAUUGGACGGGCACAAUAUUUGGUGAGAUUCACUGUUGACAACAUGACUGAAUGCAAAAUUAUCUUUAAAUAGUCAACAUUUUUACACUGAAUUGUCACUGACUGAAAACACUGAGCUUUCCACUUGUCUCUUGUAUA